AUGGCACCUGCACAGCCGCAAACGUUCACCGCAGGCGAUGAUCCGCUAACCAAAUUCGGAGGCGCCAUCGAGAUGGCCAGUCUGCCGCGCGCCAAACAUCGACAAUUCGCAUUCCAUGGCUUCAUGCGACCGUGGUUGGGAAUAUAUGCGCAGCUCAUUGCAGGCGGGAAAAAGCCACCCACCCACUUCCACGUGAACCAGACCGAGUUCUUUCGCGUUUUGAAGGGCAAUCUUAGCGUCGACAUGAAUGGGCGGCGUGUCGACCUCAGCCCCAGCGACGGCGAGUACACUGUGCCGCCCUUCACACACCACGUCAUCUACGGCACCCCCGGCACAGAGCAUAAUGAGGUCGAGUUCGAGGUCAGCGCCGAGGAGAAGCGGGACGGCGGUUACGCCAUGGAUCAGCCCUUCUUCGAGAAUUGGUAUGGCUACCAGGAGGACGUGUUCCAGCGCGGCGUCAAGCUGGACUUCAUACAGGUACUUGCCAUGUUCGACGCCGGGGACACUUACCUCUCACCGCCUGCAUGGGUACCAUUUCGUACCUUCCUCAGCAUCUGGCUCACCGUCAUCAUCGGACGCUGGAUCGGCGGCUUGCUCGGGUACGCGCCUUUCUAUCCCGAGUGGACCACCGAUUGGGAGGCUGCCUGUGACCAAAUGGAUCGGCACUGGACGCAGAGGCGUUUCGCCAAACGAGAUGCACAGGAAACGGCGCGCCAGAGAUUCGCUGUUAAUGGCGCAAAGGAUACACACAUCAAUGGCAAGAAGAAAGCUCUGUGA